CUGCUGCUGCUGCUGCUCCUGCUCCUGCUCCUGCUCCUGCUGCUGCUGCUGCUGCUGCUGCUGCUGGGAAGGGCGCCGAGCCGAGGUGGACUGCCUGGCGGCCCGACCUCGCUCGCUAGCUCGUUCGCUCUCCUCGACUGCUGCUGCUCAGACCGCUGUGGAAGGGCGCUGGGGGGCGCGACCCCCGCCCGCAUGAGGACGGCCCGCCCCUAGAACGAGGGGGCAUUUCAGGGGACUGCCGGGGCGCCCGGGGCUCCGUUUGCCCAGCGAAGGAGCCAACAUGGCGAGCGACUCGCCGGCUCGCAGCCUGGACGAGAUCGAUCUCUCCGCUCUGAGGGACCCUGCAGGGAUCUUUGAAUUGGUGGAACUUGUUGGAAAUGGAACCUAUGGCCAAGUCUAUAAGGGUCGUCAUGUUAAAACUGGACAGCUUGCUGCUAUCAAAGUCAUGGAUGUCACUGGGGAUGAAGAGGAAGAAAUCAAACAAGAAAUUAACAUGUUGAAGAAAUACUCUCAUCACCGAAAUAUUGCUACUUACUAUGGUGCUUUUAUCAAAAAGAAUCCCCCGGGAAUGGAUGACCAGCUCUGGCUGGUGAUGGAAUUCUGUGGUGCAGGCUCUGUCACAGAUCUGAUCAAGAAUACAAAAGGCAACACGUUGAAGGAGGAGUGGAUCGCAUACAUCUGCCGGGAGAUCUUACGGGGCUUGAGUCACCUGCAUCAACACAAAGUGAUUCACCGUGAUAUUAAAGGGCAGAACGUCUUGCUGACAGAGAAUGCUGAAGUAAAACUAGUGGAUUUUGGCGUCAGUGCCCAGUUAGACCGAACAGUAGGUCGAAGAAAUACAUUCAUUGGCACACCCUAUUGGAUGGCCCCAGAAGUUAUUGCCUGUGAUGAGAAUCCUGAUGCCACUUAUGAUUUCAAGAGUGACUUGUGGUCUUUGGGAAUCACAGCCAUUGAAAUGGCAGAAGGUGCCCCCCCUCUUUGUGACAUGCAUCCUAUGAGAGCUCUGUUCCUAAUUCCCCGGAACCCUGCCCCUCGGCUGAAAUCUAAGAAAUGGUCUAAAAAAUUCCAGUCUUUCAUCGAGAGCUGCUUAGUAAAGAACCAUAGUCAGAGACCCACCACAGAACAGCUCAUGAAGCAUCCAUUCAUAAGAGACCAGCCUAAUGAGCGACAGGUCCGAAUUCAGCUCAAGGAUCAUAUCGACAGGACAAAGAAGAAGCGAGGAGAGAAAGAUGAGACUGAGUAUGAAUACAGUGGCAGCGAAGAAGAGGAAGAGGAAAAUGACUCCGGAGAGCCCAGUUCCAUCCUGAACCUGCCUGGUGAAUCCACCCUGAGACGGGACUUCUUGCGGCUUCAGUUGGCCAACAAGGAGCGCUCGGAGGCCCUGCGGCGCCAGCAGCUGGAACAGCAGCAACGCGAGAAUGAGGAGCACAAACGCCAGUUGCUGGCAGAGCGUCAGAAGCGUAUUGAGGAGCAGAAAGAGCAGCGGCGCAGGCUGGAGGAGCAGCAAAGGAGAGAGAAGGAACUGAGGAAACAGCAGGAGAGAGAACAGCGGAGACACUAUGAGGAACAGAUCCGCCGUGAGGAAGAAAGGAGACGGGCAGAACAUGAGCAGGAGUACAUCAGGAGACAGUUAGAGGAGGAGCAGAGACAGUUAGAGAUCCUGCAGCAGCAGUUACUGCAGGAGCAGGCCCUCCUUCUGGAGUAUAAACGCAAACAGCUGGAAGAACAGAGACAGGCUGAGCGACUGCAGAGGCAGCUACAGCAGGAAAGGGACUAUCUGGUCUCUCUGCAACAGCAGCAACAGCAGCAGCGCCAAGACCAGAGGCCCGGAGAAAAGAAGCCGCUCUACCAUUACAAAGAGGGGAUGAAUCCCAGCGAGAAGCCAGCCUGGGCCAAGGAGGUGGAAGAGCGUUCUAGACUCAAUCGUCAGAGCUCCCCGGCCAUGCCGCACAAGGUUGCUAACCGGAUAUCUGACCCCAAUCUGCCCCCUCGAUCCGAGUCCUUUAGUAUUAGUGGGGUGCAGCCUGCUCGGACACCUCCUAUGCUUAGACCAGUGGAUGCCCAGAUUCCACAUCUGGUAACGGUGAAAUCCCAAGGACCCUCCCUCUCUGCCUCUCAGUCAGUGCAUGAACAACCCACAAAGGGGAUAGCAGGGUUCCAGGAGGCUCUGACGGUGACGUCUCACCGUGCUGAGAUGCCACGGCAGAACUCGGAUCCCACCUCUGAAAACCCUCCUCUCCCCCCUCGCAUUGAAAAGUUUGACCGAAGCUCUUGGUUACGGCAGGAGGAAGACAUUCCACCAAAGGUGCCUCAACGAACAACUUCCAUAUCACCAGCAUUAGCCAGGAAGAACUCCCCUGGCAAUGGAAAUGCAUUGGGACCCAGACUUGGAUCACAGCCCAUUCGAGCAAGCAACCCUGACCUACGGAGAACUGAGCCCAUCCUGGAGAGCCCCUUGCAGAGGACCAGCAGCGGCAGCUCCUCGAGCUCCAGCACCCCAAGUUCCCAGCCUAGUUCCCAGGGAGGUUCCCAGCCAGGAUCUCAAGCUGGUUCUAGUGAACGGAACAGAGUUCGAGCUAACACAAAAUCUGAAGGAUCACCUGUGCUUCCCCAUGAGCCUCCCAAGGUGAAGCCAGAAGAAUCCAGGGACAUCACCCGGCCUGGUCGACCAGCUAGCUAUAAGAAAGCUAUAGAUGAGGACCUGACUGCACUAGCCAAAGAAUUAAGGGAACUCCGAAUUGAGGAAACUAACCGGCCCCUGAAGAAGGUGACUGAUUAUUCUUCUUCCAGUGAGGAGUCAGAAAGCAGUGAGGAGGAGGAAGAAGAUGGAGAGAGUGAGACGCAAGAUGGGACAGUGCCUGUCAGUGACAUCCCCAGGCUCAUACCCACAGGAGCUCCAGCAAGUAAUGAACAGUACAAUAUGGCGAUGGUUGGAACCCAUGGCCUGGAGACCUCUCACGCAGACACAUUUAGCAGCAUUUCAAGAGAAGGAACCUUAAUGAUAAGAGAGUCAUCAGGAGAGAAAAAACGUUCUGGGCACGCUGACAGCAAUGGUUUCGCUGGUCACAUCAAUCUCCCUGACCUCGUGCAGCAAAGUCAUUCUCCCGCGGGGACGCCUACUGAGGCACUCGGGCGUGUCUCAACCCAUCAGCAAGACAUGGAUUCUGCAACUGAAUACGGCAUGGGGAGCAGCACCAAAGCCUCCUUCACCCCGUUUGUUGACCCCAGAGUGUACCAGACGUCCCCCACUGAUGAUGAUGAGGAUGACGAUGAAGAAUCCUCGGCCACGGCCCAAGGGUAUCCGGGGACACUAGAAAAGGCUGGUCCUCAGGGAUUUCUGGACUUAAAGGAAGUGCCAUACAUAUCCCAAGAGCGAUUUCUAGCUCUAUUUACCAGUGAGCUACUAAGGCAAGAACAAGCCAAGCUCAAUGAAGCCAGGAAGAUUUCAGUGGUCAACGUGAACCCUACAAACAUUCGGCCUCACAGCGACACACCUGAGAUUCGGAAAUACAAGAAACGAUUCAACUCUGAAAUCCUUUGUGCUGCUCUGUGGGGUGUAAACCUCCUGGUGGGAACAGAAAAUGGACUGAUGCUCUUGGACCGAAGUGGACAAGGGAAGGUCUACAGCUUGAUCAACAGGAGGCGAUUCCAGCAGAUGGAUGUGUUGGAGGGUCUGAACGUCCUCGUCACAAUAUCAGGAAAGAAGAAUAAGCUACGAGUUUACUAUCUGUCUUGGUUAAGAAAUCGAAUCCUGCACAAUGAUCCCGAAGUUGAAAAGAAGCAAGGCUGGAUCACUGUUGGGGACUUGGAAGGCUGUAUACAUUACAAAGUUGUGAAAUAUGAACGGAUCAAAUUCUUGGUGAUUGCCUUGAAGAAUGCCGUGGAGAUAUAUGCGUGGGCUCCUAAGCCAUACCACAAGUUCAUGGCGUUUAAGUCUUUUUCAGAUCUCCAGCACAAGCCCCUACUUGUCGACCUUACAGUAGAAGAGGGUCAAAGGUUAAAGGUUAUUUUUGGAUCACACACUGGGUUCCAUGUGAUUGAUGUAGAUUCGGGCAACUCUUAUGAUAUCUACAUCCCGUCCCAUAUUCAGGGUAAUAUCACUCCUCACGCUAUCGUCAUCUUGCCUAAAACGGAUGGAAUGGAAAUGCUCGUUUGCUAUGAGGACGAGGGGGUGUACGUGAAUACCUAUGGCCGGAUCACUAAAGAUGUGGUGCUCCAGUGGGGAGAAAUGCCCACCUCUGUGGCCUACAUUCAUUCCAAUCAAAUAAUGGGCUGGGGAGAGAAAGCUAUUGAGAUCCGUUCAGUGGAAACAGGACAUUUGGAUGGAGUAUUUAUGCAUAAGCGAGCUCAAAGGUUAAAGUUUCUAUGUGAAAGAAAUGAUAAGGUAUUUUUUGCAUCCGUGCGAUCUGGAGGAAGUAGCCAAGUGUUUUUCAUGACCCUCAACAGAAAUUCCAUGAUGAACUGGUAGCAGAUGAACACUUGGCUCUUGUCAUCAUGGCGUUGUUUCUCUAUUAAAAGAACAUGACACGUGUGGACUUAUGCCAGUCUAGAGGCAGAUACAGAAGGCAUGGUUGAAUACACUGCUUUCCCCUUCCUCUACUCCCACCUCUCCUUUCCCUCCUCACGCCCCAUUCUCCCACCAAAUCCAGUCCAUACUUCAUUGUUGCAGCCUGUUUGAGAAAGAAAGAGAAACAAGAGGCAGGAAUUUCUCGGAGAGCCUGAAGAAUGCCACACUGUCUCUGAACAGCGAUGGACUGUGAGCGCUGUGGCGCUAAGGAUGUAAACUUUGUGUGGUCUUUUAUUCUGCUGUGUUACAGUGGGUUAUGACUCUUUGCUUUUAAAAAAAAAUUCAUUCUUGGUCCCUUACUUUAUACAAAUGGGGAAGGAAAUGGUGUUGAGAAAAAUGAAUCUUCUUUGGAUUCUGUCUGCCUGCUAGCAUUAAGUAUGCAGAAUGUUGUAAAAUUACCAAUUUUGAAUGGUGAGAGACAGCACAAUAAAUGUACCUUAUCUCUCUCCUCUGAAGGCCAUAACUGUAUAGCUGGGUAAUUUUAGCAAUCUUUUGCCUUCACCAACCUAAAGGUUGCUUUUUGACAGCAACUAGUUAAUGAAUUUUUAAAAAGAGAAGAAAAAUACUAGUUUUCCCCUCUUUUGGGAAAUAGAUUUUAAAUGGCUAAACUACUAGCCUUAGACUAAUAAAUCAACUACCAUUUUUGUCAGUCUGUCAGUCCAUAUUUCCAUAUGGACCUUACAUAAUGGUGCGUGUUGAUGGGGUGGUAGUGCCAUAUGAUUGAGUUGGCUCUGGAGAUGGAGGGAAUCUUUAGCACAUCUUUUCCCCACAGCUUGAUUAUGCAACAGGUUAGGGCAAAAGACCAGGAGGGCAAAUGGGUUUCAGAGAAAGGAAGAAAAGCUUUUGGACAAAAAAUGCUAUGAUAUUUACAAGAAUGCACAAAUCCUCUUGGGCUAAUAGCUCACCUGGCUUAGACGUCAUUCUGCCUGGACUUUGGUUGGUAUACCCCAAUCCUGCCGGGGAAAUUGAGGUGUGGGUGACAUCUUGCUUUUGGUCUACCCCAUCUCUUUCUUCUGUGGGUGCCACUUCCUAGAGAUGAAAACUGUGACUUUAAACAAACAAACAAACAAAAAUAAAGUAAAAGCUUCUGAGCUGCCUAUAGUCUCUCUGGGUUGAUGAAAAGAAGAAAAAAAAAAAGACAACCUGAGAAAAAGCAGGCAUCAUUAGGCCCAGAAGUUACAGAACUUGGAAGCAGGGUUUUGGCCAAAAUUCUGAGACCCUAAAUCAUUUUACCUUCCUCUAAAUUACCCAACAUACAGUGAACAACAUCUGUGCAGAAAUAUGUAUGUAUUUAGUUCAGGUUGAAUUGUGUCCUUGUAAACACUUACUCAAAUGAUUUCAAUUUUUACGUGAGUGUCUCGGAUUUUUUGGUUUGUUUGUUUACUAGCUACAAGCAUGGCUGCCUGUGGUCUCAAGGUGUUGCAUAACGAUACCUGUGUUGCGCUUCCUGUUUUAACCUACCUCGUUUUGUUUGUUUUUGUUUUGCUGUUCAUCACAGCAGUGUUAUCUCCAGGAGACAUAUAGAGAGCUCAAUUGGCAAUCUCAGGUGUAUUUAAUAAUUUAAAAAAAAAACAAUAGUUAAUCAAAUUUGAAUCUUUGAAUAAUGAAAAAAAAUCAAUGGCAUUUGUUCCCAAGAUAUCAUAACAGUUACAGUAAUGGAUUGCUGAAUCUAUUAUUCUAAUGAUUUUGCCUAAAAUAAAUGAGUGGCUGGAAGAGCUAUUAAUGAGAAUAAAACACAAAUUAGAGACCCAGUGGCACUGCACUUUGACAAUUGGGGGUAGGGAGGGAGUGGGGGAAAGGGAGAAUAUUCAUGUUCCAUUCCGAAAUAACUCAAAAGGGUCAAAGUGGCUAAGUCUUUUACCUUUGGUUUGGAGCAGGUAACUGAAAGAAAUUGAACCAAGGACCCUCUCUGAUUCAUCAUGGAGGUGUCCUUAUUUCGGGUUUCCAAAAUCAGUGCAAUUCUCCAGUGCUCAUUUGGACUGUUCACACCAGUCCAGGGCAACAAAUUCAGCAAUAACUCUUUCUGAUUGAACUUAGCAACUACUCUAACUGUUAGAUGCUGUUGUGAGAAAGGAACAGUAAUCUUGGUCUCAACACUGGCUAGGAUUGCCACCAGCUCUUUAUAUUGCUGCUGUUAUUUUAAAUCAGAGGCUUCUUGAAUUAUGUUGCAAAUGGAUAUAUAUUUUUUUUUCCUAAGCGACAAGUUCGGAACUCACAGCUUUAAAUGAUUUUUUUAUUGUGGGUCUUUGGGUACAGUUAAGAAAUAAAAGGGAAUCAUUGUGUUUAAACAUAAGGUAGUUUGUGAAUGUAUUUUUUCAAACUUAGAUUCAUUGAAACAGAACCAUAGGAAAAUUAUUCAUGCAGUCGUGUUUACAGUAUGUACAUGAACAUAAAAUAGGACCUAAGCAUUUCUGGUGCCAACAACAAUAAAACACACGAGUUCAACAUCGAACCAUGCCUAUUAUAUUUUUGUACUGAGACUUUUCCAUUAAGCAACCUCGAUGAAGCACGUAGGAUGCACAAGGCACUGUGUUAUAAGUGCUGGACUUUCCACUGGGUGCUAACUAUAGGCACAUCCCAUGACUCUCAGAUCCCCAAUGAGUAUGUCCUUUCUCCCACCCUUGAGUCAUUUAAAGAAUUUUCAUGGAGCCGAUGCUCAUGCCCAUUAGACAAUUAAAAAUUCAUCUUGUUCCAUUAGAACUGGGCUCCUGGCUCAUUAAAGAUUUCUCUCUCUUUUUUCUUUCUUUUUUUUUCUUUUUCUUUUUAUGUUUCUGAGACUGAGUCUCGCUAUUGUACCCAGGCUGGCUUAGUAUACUCACCACAGGCCUGACCCCAUGGCAGAUCUGCAUGGAAGCUUUGACUUGUUCCAUUUCCAACCUGGGCCACAUUGCCCCUCCUUAGGCAGCAUGGUGGUCCCCUUGAAGAAUACCUCAAGAUUUGCCUUUUGUGACUUUUUUUAAGACUUGCUCUCCCUGUCUUUCCCAGGCUGGACAAUCCAGCAGCCACUGUGAGGCCUGAUCCUGGUUGGCACCUCCAGGCAGUCUGGUGGCCCCCUGAUCUUGGUGGCUUACCUCAUUGCUGCCAAACUCAAUGUGGCCCCUUUAGGCAGUUUUAGGUAUCUCAAAACUCCCAGACUCAAACGAUUUGCCAGCUUUGUCCUUCCCAGUAUCAGGGAUUACAGGCAUGCUCCCUCAUACCCUGUACUCUAAUGUUUCUUAAUUUGUUGGUUUUUAAAGAUGUUCUUAAACUAAUAUCUCCAAAAAAUAGUAUUUUUUUGUUUUCCCCCCAACUUGGUAGUUUGUUUAUAGAAUUAAUUUUCUUUUAAUAUAAAAAAGAAUAGUGAGAUUCUUUUUUCCCAUAAGUACCAGUAGGAUUCCAAAAGCUUGCUACAUCUCUUACUACCUGGCUGCCCAGUAAAAAGCCAGUGAGGUAUCCCUUGAUCCCCAAGUCAGGAUGUGGUAGAAGACAUUCUUGCACUGAGUGACAAGUGACCUCUAAGGUCCUGUCCAACUCAUAGAUUUUAGGUUCUUAGACUAAAUGUUCACACUCCAAAUUCCAACAUUAUGGAAUUAUCCUUUCAGCUGCCUAUAUACAGCCCAUUGGACAUGAGGGUAUUAUGGAAGGGUUGGAUCAUAAUUGAUACUGAGGUGGCUGAUGUGGCUACAGUUCUCGUGUAAGCUCAUCCUGAGGACUGACAGCACACUUUUUUUAAGUGUUUUAUUGAUGCCUUAGUUUUAUACUUCAAAGCCACAUUCCUAUCUACCCACCUUUUAACAAUGGGGUCAGGGGAGGACGGAAAAUAAACCUAGUAGGCAAGUGACUUCAUUGGACAGUGUAGACACAUCCUGUCAAACUCAUAUUUGGAAUCAGAGGAAUUCAGUUUAAAUUCCAGCUCUGACACGUUGAUGAAUUUGGGUGAGUCACUUAACAUCCCUAGGCCUCAGUUUCCUCGUCUCUAAAAUGAGGAGGUUGGACUAGAUGAACUUUGGGGUUCCUUCCAACUCUACAUCUAGGAUCCUCUGAGCUUAUGAAGCUUAAAGUACAUCUUGAUAGCUACAUUUAAGGUAUAUUAUCUCAGAGAAUGAUUUUCUUGGAGAAUUUAUUCUUUGUAGACUUAGGAAACUCUUAGAGUACUCCAAUGUGUUUGUUACACAAGAUUCCCAUGAAGAAUAACAUUGAAUACCUCAAGGGGCUUAUUUCCUAGCACUCGGGCCACCCAUAAGCUCAUUUUCCAAGAUCACUCCCUAAAAUAUUUUAUAUUAACAACUCAUGAUUAAAAAAAAUCCAAAUUCCAGGUUGCCAAGAUCACAAGUAGUUUUUCAUCUGCUCCUGUGACUUGUCUAUGCCUUACUCUUUUCCAUCAAGAAUUUGUUGUCUCUUGGUUCUUUGUGUGUAUGAGGCUGGAGUAACAGACAGAAGUUUCACAUUAGGCAGUUGCCAUUUUGUUUUUUUGUUUAUUGCCCCACACAAAGUAAUGUGGCUAUGGUCUGACUUCCCAUUCUGUGAAGUUCUUGAGAGAUUCAGUAUGGCUGUUUUUCCCAUCCUGUAUACCAGUUACUGUUGUUCCAUUUCUAGUGUGUGGGAGAGCUCCUUGUGUUAACAGUGUUCUGCCCUUGAGAGUCUGUUUUUAAAGGCAUCCCCUGCAUAUGUGCUAAUUGCUUUCAAAUUUAUGUGAGAUGUGUCGUGUUGCUUUAAAAAAAAUAGAGCAAGCUACAAUUACCAAUUGAUCAUGAGAAUGUAAUUGAGUUUUUGCUGCUGGAAGGCUAUGUGAUAAAUUCACAGCAAGCUUGUGAUGUUUCAAAACGAACUCUCCUGCUCUCUUCCAAAAGCCUUUAAUUCUAUUAUAUAGUCUGCAAGUCUGGUCAAUAACUCUGAAUUAUUAGCUAUUUUAUAGCUUUUUCUUGAAAAGAUUAUGUUCUGGCCAAAGCCAAAAAAAAAAUAUCCAUCCCUGAGGCUGGAUCUGUGCUAAGGAAAUAAUGUUGUUUUUUCAAACUCUUGACAUUCUCAAUUGAUUUCACUCACUUUGAAACCUUGAGGUAUCUCUUGGAAAUGCUAACCUACUUUGGCCAUGUGGACAAUGGUUCAACAUCAGGGAUCCAAAAAUGAGUCAGUCUUUUUCAGAACUUAUAUAUAAAAUGAAUCAAACAUUAAAAAAACAAAAACAAAAACUAGAAGCCCCAGCAAGAAUAAAACAUAGUGAAAGUUUAGGUGCUCAAAAGUCACCAUGUAAAAAGAUCAAAAAUAAUUUUCUAAUCUAUUGCAUUCUAAUUUGAUUUUUCAGAAGUAGGCCAUGUGAUCAAAUAUCCAUGUUUGUGUGAGUUGUAUUUGGUGUUUUGGUCCAGACCUGUGAUUUCAUUGCUUUAGAAGCACUUUCAAUGAGGAGAUGCCCUCUACAAAUGCAUAAUAGCAACAAUUCUGCAGCGCCUAGUCAUAGAAUUGACUGGGGAGCCCAAGCAGUUGUGUAUUUGCCCAGAGCAACCCAACUAGUGUAUGUCAGAGGAAGAACUUGUUCCUAAGUCUUACUGAUUCUGCAGUUAUUAAUUGAUUCAAGCCUGCUACCAUUAUUUUGGGCAGCAAUCAGUGGUACAAUGGUAGUUACAAGCAGGUACCUAAGUUUUCAUGAAAAUAACUGACAUUUAGAAAUCACUUUUAUAGAUUACAAAGAGUUUUAUAGACAUUUUCUAAUUGAAUCCUCAAACAUCUGUGAGGAAAAUACUAUAUAUAUAUUAUCAUCCUCAUCUUAUAAAUAAGGAAACUGACUUGCCCACAGACACACAGUUAGUAAGAGUCAGGGACAAGAUUGUAUGCCAAGUUCUCUUGAUUCCAUAUUCAGCAUCUAUCCACUAUGCUGCUGGCUGAUGUGCUCUAAUUAAUUAGGUAAACUGUGUUUUUAACAAAGACCUGAGUCAGGCCACAUUCCAGGGUCAGAUAGGCUAAAGUUUGCCCGUGAAGUAUAUCUUGGAUGCCUAGGUUUUAGUCACUGCUAAAUUUGAAUACAAUGACAAAAUUCAAGGGAAUUUGUCCAUAGGUUGAAGUAGAACAUAGAAGUGUCUUCAUAGUAUUAAAUGGGUUUAGACCAUGAUUUUAUAUUAGAACUUUAUUCUGUCUUCCCAAUACCAGAAAGAGCUAAGCUGCACAAAAUAAUAAUAAUAACAAUAAUAAUAAUUCAUUUAAAAUGUUUAACCCCUUAAAAAAGUUUGAGUCCAUUUAAAUUCAGACCAAAACCUUAGGUUGUGUGUCUACAAGGUGUCAAACAUUUUUACUUCACCUGAAAAAUGUAACCAAGAAUAUGUUUCCCAAAAAUCCAGAUGUUCAACAUCCUAUCAAAAGCCUAAGAUUAACAAAGUGCCUGACACACAGUAGGUACUUAAUACGUGCUUAUUGUUGAUUGAUAAAUUGAUCAUUUGACUUAUUGAAUGAAAGAGUUCGGGAGGGGGGUUUCAAAUCAGGGAAAUGAAUAUGAGUUUUCUGAAGGUUAAACAACUAUACCUUGAAAGUGAGCUUGAAUUCAUGGUAAUAAAUCAGACUUUGUACAUAGCAUUUCCACAAGCUUAAUUAAUUCUCCACCUUUCCCACCUCAAAUACCAGUGUUGGUGAAACUAAUAAUAAUGCCAUAUUUUUAUCUCUUUUCUGUUCAGGAAGUCUCCAAUGUAAUAUCAGAAUAGAAUUUUAGAGGCCAGAUAUAAGCAUCAAGGAACAAUUGGGGGGGGGGGGGAAUAAUGGAUGUAACAGAUUAGUUAAAGUAAAUCCUAAAACAGAAAGUGGUGGACUGUGAUUAUUGUACAUUUGAUUUUUCCCUUGUUUACAGUGUUAACACAGAUGUUGUUACCAAAUGUAAAAUAUUAUAAAGAGACUGCCAUUCUGAUGUGCCUACGAUUCUCAAAUGUAUGUGGGUCAUUUUAUAGGUCUCAAAUUUUCCUCAUGAAUUUCAGUUUGUCAUCAAUGGAUGAUGGAUUUAGAAAUAGCUUUAGGAGUGUGAAGAGCUUUCUUUUCAGGUGUAAUCCUGUAUUUUAGGCUGUCACUGGAAACCUUCUCCAUGGAGGUUCUACUGCCAUUUGAAGUCAUAAUAAGCAUUAUCUCAAAAAGUCUCAGUCAGUUGUAAGACUGAGGCUUUCUGGCAUCUCAAGUCAUUUAUCAUUUGUAAUGACCACCUGAUCCAGGCAUGUAUUGUUUUUCAUUUAUUUCAAAAAUGGGACUAAAACACAUCAAAAGAUGGCCUUAGGAGGGGGAAAAGGAAGGACUUUCUGAACAUACACUUAUACUUUUUUUUUUAUCCAAACCACCAGAUCUUUCCAUCAGCAAGCACCUACCUGGUGUGUCCAGGGCAUACUAUAUCAGGAUGUCUGAGAUAGUGGGAUUUUUUUUAGAUUGUUUUUUCUCAAUUACAAAAACCAUGUAGAUUUUUCAAUGGGAAAGUGCCAAUAAAUAUUUUUUUGGGAAACCACCCUGUUUCCCAGGACCUUGGCCCUAUUAUCACAGUCUACAAUUCCUCUUAAUAGACAGUGGCUUAGAGGGAAAUAAGGUCUUCAGAGAAGUAAUAUUCCCAAUGAUCUCUUAAGGGCUUUUACAGAGAAUGAUUCAUUUUUUAAGUUGUCAGAGAUCCUAUAAAUGUAGGAUUAUUGGGAAGAGGGGUAUUUUUAUUUUGUUUAUUUUCGUUGUCUGAUCUGUGCACUUGGAUUAAAAUACAAGCAUUUCUGAAACAAGGAAGAAACAAAAGCCAAACUGUUCUCCUGUAAAGGAAGCUCCAAAUAAGCUACUACUAAGAAUGCCCACAAUGUUUGGCGCCAAUAUAUGUCUUUAAUCCAGUUCUGAGGACUCCGUGGGCCACAGAAGCCUGUAUAUACUCAGUUACACUGAAUGUGUGUUGCAUGAAAUGACAAUGUAGGAAAUUUACACAUGAAGUCAUUGUUCUCUUGAUUCCUGUAAGGGAAGCAUUCUGUAGUUUAAUUUUGUUUGGUCUUGUAUUUUCCUUGUCAAGUCAAUAAAAGAAAUAUCUAAAAUAAAGAAAUAAAGAAAU